AUGUCUGACGAGAUUGAAGCGCUCUACUAUGAAUGCGUCAGUGAUGGAACUUCAAAACCGUCAGCAAUACCGGCACAGUCAAGUCAUCACGAGGAUGCCGCUACCAAGUCAUUCUUCAAGCACUCGAGUGCCCGACGCACCAACACCGACGCAUACAUCACCAGCGCCUUGACCAAGCAGUAUCCCAACCUGCAAAUUGUGGUGAGUCCAGCAGGAAGUUGUAACUUGCUGGCUUAUGCCCAAGCAGGCUUUGCAAGCUUUGAAGUCAUUGAGGAGAAUAACGGCGGUUUGCCAAGCUCUUUGCAGUGGGACAUUUACGUGCCGCCAACCAGGAGACUCGAUGGCGCCAGGGGAGGUUUGAUUGAACGUGCUCUCUUUGGCAAGUACAUGUACAAGUGGAAGGAGUCUGACUUUAUCGUCUACUUUGUCGAUGGAAGGGAUGGACAGGCUUCGUACCCUACAGUACAGAACUUUUACAUCCUCACCACUGAAAAGCAAAAGGCCCAUCAGCUCAUUCUGGAAGCUGGACGCUGGAAUGCAGACUUGCACGAGGAAGUCUGGGUCUUUGAUGGUGGCUACUGGCAAAAGAGCAAGGAUCUCUACGAGUCGUUUCGAAAUGCUAGCUGGGAUAGCGUCAUUCUUGACCCCCAGAUGAAGGAGAGCAUCAUUGACGAUCACCUAUCCUUCUUCUCAUCCCGGGAGACGUAUACUCAUCUCAAGGUACCCUGGAAGCGUGGCAUCAUCUACUACGGACCGCCGGGCAAUGGCAAGACCAUUAGCAUCAAAGCCAUGAUGAACACAUUGUACAAGCACAAGCCGGCCUCGAUUCCUACGCUCUAUGUGCGGAGCCUAUUCUCAGUGGGUGCCAUUUCUGUCUACCAAGGACCAGAAUACUCAAUCAAGCAGGUCUUUGGCAAGGCCCGUCAGUUUGCACCGUGCUACCUCGUCUUUGAAGACCUGGACUCGCUCAUCAGCGAUAGCGUGCGCAGCUACUUUCUCAACGAGGUCGACGGUUUGAAGAGUAACGAUGGUAUUUUUAUCGUUGGAAGCACGAACCAUCUGGAGAGACUGGAUCCCGGAAUCUCAAAACGCCCUUCACGGUUCGACAGAAAGUACUUUUUUCCCAACCCGAAUCUCGAGGAGCGCAUCGCCUAUUGUCACUUUUGGCAGGGCAAGCUCAAGGAUAACAAGGACAUUGACUUUCCAGACAAGCUCUGCAAGGCCAUUGCCGAGAUUACCGACAAGUUCAGCUUUGCCUACAUGCAAGAGGCAUUUGUGGCGGCCUUGCUUGCGCUGGCACGCAAGUCUGACGAGGGAAGAGGGAAGAAGCAGAAGAAGGAGUUUAUGAAAGAUCUCGAAGAUGAGUGGGUCGGGAUCGCCAUUGACGACGAUGAUGACAACCUGGAUGAUCUUGUGCUGUGGGUUGAGAUCAAGAAACAGAUCAACGUUCUCCGUGAGGGUAUCAAGGAAAGCAAACAGGCUUAG